UUAGUUUUAGUAUGACUUACUAUAGCUAUAGAAUAGAAUAAAAACAUUUCAACACAUAUGAUUGUAUAAAAAAGUACAAAACUAAUUAAGAUUUUCGAUUCAUUUCAUUGUAUGAAUAAUAAUUUAUUGAGUAAAAAAAGUGAAAAUUUAACAAUCAAAUUUUGAAUCAAAAAUGUAUACACUUUCCUAUAUGCCAUUGAAUCCGUCUACGACAUUUGAAUCUUUUUCAAAUUUUGGUAAAUGUUCAUUAAUGCUAAAGCUAUUGACAAUUAUAUGGAUGUUAAUAAUACCAUCGUUGAUUAUAAUGGCUACUUCAACUUCAGCAGCUUUAUCAAGAAUGAACAGCGAAGUAAUCACUGGCAAUAUUGGAGUUGACGUUUCAGAAAUGCUACUCGUAUCGAAUCUAUCUUGUUUCGUUUGCACUACAAUCGAUGAUAUUAAUUGCAAAUAUCUGAAUGAAACGAUCAACCGCAUUCAUCGACAACAACAGAAAGAAAUAGGCGGUAACACUGGCAAUGAUGACAAUUCUAUGAUGGGAUUCGAUAGUGAUACAUCCGGAUAUUUGAAUCAUGACCAUCAUCAUCAUAACCCAAAUCAUAAUCAUUAUACACUUGAAUCGAUCUUAUCCUCCGAUAGUAGUAGCUAUGAUGUUCUAGCAACAGCUUCGUCAUCAAAUGAUGGUCACACGACAACAAAUAAUGCGGGUCAUAAGAAUCCAAAUCUGAUGAAUGAAUUUCGUGCUGAUUGUACACCAAACGAACAAUAUUGUGUAGUCAUACGAUUAGGCGUUAGCGCACCAGACAAUGUACAAGAGUUUAAUUUUUUUGCCUUAAAACGUGGUUGUGCUGAACAAUGCACGGAUGGUUGUUUUAUCAUCGGUAAUGGUGAAAAAACUAAGCUAAGCAUAUGUGCUAGUUGCUGUAGAAGUAAUUAUUGUAAUCUAGGCAAUUCAGCCAUUACAUUCAAUCAUCAUUCAAGUCAAUGGUUUUCAACCAUAAUCAUUAUAUCAUUACUAUUGUUGAUGAUGAUUUGAAUCAUUUGAUGACCAAUCUGACCAUAAAUGACCAUUUUGUAUACAUCAACA